AUGGCUGUAUUCUCACAAUCAAGGAACUGCUGCUUUAUGGUUCCGCUGAAGACAGGUGUCUAUUUGAUUACAACGUUCGGCCUACUCAACAAACUAUCAGGAUUCUACGGACUUAUUUCGCUCGACUAUAGCAAUCCAUUUGUAGUUUGUGUCCAUGUGUACUCACUCUUGGCAUUGUUUGUAUUUGGGUUUGGACUCUACAGUAUCAGCAAAGACAAGUACACCUUUAUUCGAUGGUUCACUCUAUUUUACUGGAUUGAUUUCACUAUUAGCACCAUCACAACCAUUGUCUUUAGUGUGCAAUGGUUUGUUUAUACCGAUCAUAGUUUACCAGAUUUAGAGGACAAUCCAGAGGAAAAGCAACAACACGAUGAUUCAUUCAAGGCUGAGAGCAUUGUCAGCAUUGUUAUCUUAUGUCUCGUUCGACUUGUUCAUCUUUAUUUUGCCUAUGUGAUUACAUGCUACUAUGUAUCCAUGGGUAAAACUCAUUAUUCCAAGAUGACAGCUGCGGUUGAUGAAGAGCUGAAUUUUGCUGGUUACGAUGAAAUGAACGAAGAGGACGAUGAUGAUUUGGAUGAUGAUUCAAGACCUUUGUCUGGUAGAACAAGACCACUUUGA